AUGCAGCGCAUCGACCCGCGCCCCGUCGAAACUCCCGCGCAGCAACAGGCCCAACAGGACGCUGCGCAACAGAAUGGCGGCGCAGGGAACACGAGCCCGAGGACACAGUUCGGUCUACCGACAGGAUUCGCGAGCACGGGUAGAGAAGCGCACACGCAGAGCUUCGAGGAGAUCUACGGCGUGCCCGAGAACUUUUUGGAGAUAGAGGUCACAGACCCGCAAACCCACCAACCAACUGCAUCCCCCUCCUCCCGCUACACAACCUACCUAAUUCGCCUGUCCACCAACAUCCCCGCCUUCAAGCUCCGCCGCAGCGAAGUCCGCCGCCGCUACUCCGACUUCGAAGUCUUCCGCGACCUGCUCGAGCGGGAAUCCGCGCGCGUGUCCAUCCCCGCAUUGCCAGGCAAAGUCUACCUGAACCGAUUCGACGACGCGGUGAUUGAAGAGCGGAGGAGAGGGUUGGAGAGAUUUUUGAAGAUUGUGGUUGGACAUCCGCUGCUGCAGACGGGGAGUCGGGUGCUGGGGGGUUUUGUGCAAGAUCCGAAUUGGGAUCGGAAUGCCUGGUGA